CAAAAUAAAGAGCUCACUCGCACGGCACUUUUCACAGAAAUGUUUGGAUAAAGCUCCGUCAAUGGCUUCCUCACUCCUCAUUGUCUUUCUACUCCUCCUCCUCACGCACUUCUCUCUCGCCUCCGAUCCCAUCCUCAAAUCCGCCAGAAUCCUCUCUGAUUCCGGCCAGUACUCCUCCAUGGCUCUAACUCUAAAGCUUUCCUCCCGAACCCUGGCCCCACAGUCUACGGAAGGAUUGCCCUCUCUCACCAUAUUCGCUCCCUCCAACGCCGCCUUUGUUCGCUCGCCUCCGCCCUCGCUCUCUCUGCUCCAGUACCACCUCCUCCCCCUCGCUUUCUCCUUCCACAGCUUCAAGUCCCUCCCCUUCGGCGCUAAGAUCUCAACCCUGCUCGAGGGUCGCUCGCUCGUCGUCACCACGUCGCCACCCGAUGAAUACGUCUCCUUAAACAACGUCACGGUCAACCGGUCGCCCAUAUACGCUGACGGGUCUUUGAUAAUCUUUGGGAUCGAGGAGUUCUUUGACCCCCUUUUUCGUACUUCGGAGCCCCUCUGGAGCCAUGCCGCCGAUCUUGAAUAUUGCGCAGCCUCCAUGCCAAAUGCUGGGGUGGUUUCUUCGUUCCAGGAAGCCAGCGCGAUGAUGAGGUCCAAUGGGUACUCUGUUAUGGCCUCGUUUCUUCAAAUGCAGUUACUUGGGUUUCAAGAAAAGUCGACUAAGCUGACGGUCUUCGCUCCGGCCGAUGAAGUGAUAAAGAAUCGUUUGGGCAGUUUCAGUGAGUGUUCACCGUCGAUCUUUCAUCGGUAUGUUUUGCCUUGCAGGCUUCUGUGGGGUGAUCUGGUGAAUAUGGAGGAUGGGACGGUUUUAAGGACAUAUUUGGAGGGUUUUACGAUCAAUGUCACCGGGUACCCUGGCAUAUUGGAGCUCAAUGAUGUUCCAGUUAUCUACCCUGACAUGUAUUUCAGCGACUGGCUUGUUGUUCAUGGCGUUCGUGGCAUUCUUGAGGCGCCCGGACCUCCAGCAGAGCAAGAAGAGCAAACAGAGUCACUGCAAAUAGAUCCAGGAGAGGAUUAUCCGUAUCAGGAGCCACCGCAAACAGAGCCGGUGGCGGAUUUUACACAAGCAGAAGUACAAGGGAAAUCUCCAUCUUCAUCUGGUAAUAGUUUUGAGGAUAACCCCACAGGACACGUCCACUUUUCUACUUUUAAUUUCAUUAGUUCGUAGUGUUCUUGGUAGCUUUGUCUUCUCUAUUUCAUUCUGGAUUUACAGAUUGGUAUAUUACUUCUUGUAUUGAGCUGUCUGGUUUCCCAGAUUGGACCUCUUUUCUGUGUAUCUGAUGUAAAU